AUGGUCCGAGCACAGUCUCCAUGUACGGCAGCCAUGCACCCGCUGUACUGCCUGACCCCACCGGCCGAGCUGAACAGAUCCUGGACUGGCACUUCUAAUCUCGUCACCCAAGGUGCCCUCCACUGGUUGAGCUGCCUUACAGAUUCCACCGCUGCCUGCUGGGCCAAACAGAUGAUGGGACAUACCAUGAAUUAUGAUGCUUUUCAUCCCGAUUUUUGUUUCCCACAUAGACCUGUGCUAAAGAUGCUGUCACGAAAUCUUGUAAUUGCUUCAGUGGCUGUUGUGUUUCUGGCGUCCACCGUAUCAACGGCUCCUGUUGAAGAUAAGGAGCCUGAGGAAAAUGACUUUGAGGCUGAAGAGGGUGAAGAAGAACUGUCUGAGGAGGAAGAGGAUGAUGAUGACUCCAAAGGUCAGCAUAUGAAGGGAGCCGGAUCGCAGCAGGCCACUGCAGCACCCAGAGGCUUGGGUAUAACUCCUGGCAGCGCCGUGGCAGGCGAAUCCCCAAACGGUCAGAAACUUAAUGGAGGCACUCAAACUGGCCAAGUCUCAUCAGGCAGUACAUCAACAGCUUCAAAUGGAGCUUCAAACGGAAGUAACGGAAGAGACGGGUACUCUCGCCCAUCUGGCUCUAGUUCUCAUGAUGCAAGUUAUGGUGGACAAGAUGGGUCCAAAUCAGAGAUAGUUCCUCCAGGUGUAGGAGCUGGAGGAGCAGGUGCUAAUGGAGGUUCAGGAUCUAAAGUCCCUGGCACAGACGGGGGCGUCCAUUCAGUGUCCAUUUCUGUUGUGUCAUCAGGUCAAGGGUCAUCAGGCCACACAGCAGCAGGUCAUGGGUCCACAGUGAUAUCCAGCCACACGUUUGGCCGACCUUCAGCAGGACAGAUGUCAGACGGUGUGGGUGUAGUUUCCUCUGAGGUCCAAUCACAGCCUGCAGGGUCAGAGGGAUUCGCUCCACAUACAGAUGGCUCACAGUAUGAAAAUGGGGAAACCGCUCAUGAUGGAUCUCAAAUAGAGUCUCCAGAAAUCCCUGAGAUAGAAUCUAACGGCAAUGGACACAAACAGCUUCUGAAUGGAGGAGAAACAGGAUUUACAGGCUUGGAUCAUUUCAUGGCAGGCACAUCUCAGAUACAAGGAACAGGUGGUUUUGAUUCAUUUGGCACAAGCCCUCACCUGGAAAUUACAGGCAUAUUAGAUCAGUCAAGCCAUGACUUCCUUAUUGGCUUAAUGGGUGGAACAGGAGAGAGCUUUGGUCCAGACACCCAAACAGACGGGCUAGGUACGCUUUUAGACCUCUUAGACACUCCUCCAGACGUUCCACCCACAUGCCUAGUAACUGACGCUGUAAUAUCUUUCAUAAUAUCUCCAGGCACGGCUGAUAAUGGAGCCCAAUCAAAAUCACCAGCUGAUACAACAGAUUCCUCAGUAGCCUUUGACACAAUGUCACAUCCGGGUCAUUCCUUCUUAGAUUAUUCAGAUGGUGGGGCAGAUAAUAAUGGUGCCGAUUUACCUGAUACAAAUGGAAAUGGAAACGGUCGGCACAAACCUGUGGUAGACAUACAGAAAGGUGACCCUCCAGGCGUUCAUCUCGACAUCAGCGGAACAGGCCAUCAGGACGCUGCAACAGAGAUGCAUCACACAGCUGUUGGUGCGCUUGAUCAAAGUGACCACACUCUCAGUCCUUACGCUGACACGACUGGAUUUGACGGUGUCACCGGUGCAAGCAUGCAGACAGAUAUGGCAGGUGCGGCAGGUGAUCUAGUGACUGACGGACAGACUCAAACAGACAUGACAGGGCAGGGACACUUAGCUGUGACAGAUGGCGUGCCAAAUUACACAGAUUCUGAGCGUGCGACUGGGACUGGAUUUACAGAUGCCUCAGAGACACAUAGUAGCAUGGUUCAGACAGACUUACCAGUCACAGGGGAUCCAUUCACAGGGGUUUCCUCACAGACAGAUGCCAUGGGCACAGGCCAACCUGGUGCUACGGAACAGACACAGCCAGCUGUAUCAGCAGGUGAACAGUACCACACAUCUGGUCAGGGUCCUGAAGGUGCAGAAAAUGUGGAACUGGAAGAUACCUGCUGAUUUCCACAUGAAGCCGCGAGUGAGGUUUCUGUGCUACAGAUUUCAGUGCACAGA